CUUUUUGUGUUGUUUAUUUUCUGUCACAAAGAUUUUAUAUUGUUUGUAUUUCUGUUCUUUGUGAUUUAAUUUAAAUUAAACUUGUUCCUUUAAUUGUUGACCGUUCUUGUCUUCAAGUUAACCUUCAAAUUCAUCAGGUACAUUUGACAUGAGUGAAACUGAACAUACGUUGGAAGAGCUUGACAGCGAUCCCUACAUCUCUGGGGCUGCUCAAUGUUUCUAUCAGGCUGAACGAGUCUCGACUCUUGGGGCUAAAUUCCCAGAUAAAAGUCAGCAUGAACUUAUUACCAUGGCUAUUAAGGAAUGGAACCAUGAUCUGAAUAUUCACAAAAAGGUUAGACACCUCAGGCAAGUGGAGAGAAUGGGAUUAGCUCGUUCAUUGAAGAUACGAGGAUACCAAGGACAGACCACUAACAAUAAUAGUAAUCCACCAGCUCAGCGUAGUCGAGCUACUAUUUCCUCAUUCAGUAACUCUAAUGUCUCACUUGCUGAUGUCCUGAAAAGGGAACCUAAAAAACCACCGAAAAAUGGGUACUCUCUUUUCACAUCCGAACAAUUAGCCAAAUAUGUGAAUGUUGAACCUCAAAAGCGAAUGUCAGAGGUCGCAAGAAUCUGGAGUCAGGUAAUUACCAAGGAGGAAAAGGGCAACUUUGACGCUCGAAACAAGGAGAUGCUGAUUCAAUAUCAAAGAUCAUUGAAUGCUUUCAUUGAAAGUUUGACUCCUGAGGAAAGGCAAGUCUACACAGAGUAUAAAAACUCGAAGACCAAAAGCAAGAAAAAGCUCAAGAAGUUUUAAGAGAAAUGAUCGUACCAAUUGACCAUCACGAUUUGACCCAUUCUCAUCUUGCGAGUUGAAAAUUUUCUACAAUCAUGGUUUCAUUAUACAAUAGAAAAUGUCCAUCAGCCAAGAUUCCAUUCAUCAUUCAUAAAAUUUGAUUUGAUAAUUUGCAUGAAUUAAUGACUUGAACGAUUCUUUCAUGAAUUGAAUACAUUUUGUUCAAAAAUUUAACUUUAAUAAUCAACAUUAAAUUGAAGCUUGUAGCUUGAGUAUAAAAAAAA